UUAGCCACCCCAGCCCAAGGAAUGCUGUCAUCCCGUUAUUUGCUAAUCUGUUGACAAAAAGAUCGAGCAAACGACAUCGUUCUGUAUACGGAGACAAGAUGUUCCGUAAACGCACCCACCAACAUGGACCAACGGGACCACUAAAUACAUCCCCUUCCAACGGCAGUAAGGAUAUUAGUCACGCAGGAGGCGAACAUUCCAAGGAAAAGGCCAAAAGACCAAGCUUGCUUCGAGAUGGCUUCAUUUUGCUAUUUGCUUUCCUGGCCCCCAUUGUUGUUCUGGAAUUCAUCAGUCCAACCAGAACACCCCCACCCCAACAGCAACAGCAGCACCCCCCACCAAGAUGGACUGGUUUAUUGAACAUGUUGACCAAUCCAAUGAGCUUGUUCAAUCCUCGAGAGAAGGGCACUGACUCUGGAGCAGCUACCUCGACCACUACGCCUGCUGACACCAACACGGCAACACCAGCAGCUAUUAGUAGCCCCUCCACUACUACCGCCGUUGCUGCCAACUCUGUCUCUUCCCCCGCCACUCCAAUACCAUCCCAAAAGCAACAAGAACAGCCAAAAUCGACAACCAAAGGCUCUAUCCUGGGCCCACCACCUCCACCCCUCACGGGCAAUGAUACCUUGGAUAAGAAGAUUGCCUACGUCGUCCCAUUCUGGAGUUGUGGGGAGAAUUCCAAUACUGCCAAUGUUGAAGCCGUCAUGAUCUUACGACAUUCCAUUCAUCAACAAUCCGUACGGAAUCCAACCUCAGGAAGUUCCUUUGAUUAUCAAAUGUACGCUCUAGUCUUGAAAAGCAAAAAGUGUCCUACAGAGCCCUUGAAGGCGUUAGGAUUCAAGGUUGUUCCCGUCGAUCCACCCGUCAUUCACGAGAAAAUUCAAAGUCAACAUGUUCGAGAUAAUAUUGGAAAAUCGGGUGAAGGUGGAAUCUUGCAGUAUAUUCAGCUAUUGGCGCAUUCCUCGGGCGAUGUGAUUCCAGAACCCAUCGUCGUGCUCCUCUAUCCCCAUUCUCUCGUCCUGAAACCACUCGAUGAACUAUUCCUCGCCAUGCUGCAUGGACCGGAUACUCCACAAGGACAGGCGGCACGAGCCCAUUUGCAAUCCAAGCUGGAACGACCUCACGACAAUUUGCAACGUGAAAUCCAUCACUACAUUGUCAGAGAUUAUCCCAAUUCGGGAUACGGUCGCAAACCCGUGGUCAUGACACCAGGUUUUUGGAUAGCCAGACGCAAUCCAGCCUUGCUGGAAACGGCCAUUAAACUGGCGUAUAACACCAAUUAUGUCAGUGGCAAUGGACCGACGUCUGGAUGGGAUGGCAAGGGAUAUACCACCUAUUAUCGACAUGGCUUGUCCUUUCCAGGAAUCUACACCUACUUGUUGGAUGAAUUCUAUGCCGGCUCUGUGGUCGAGUUGGAUGGAUGCAAGUUCAGUCACAACGGCAUGGAUAAUCUGUUCCGGGCCGCACCACGAUAUCAUCCCAGUCAAAAGGAACAUACCGGUGAAUGUCGGAGUGCCGAGAAGGAAUGUGGUGAUUGUACUACGACCGACAUUCAAUCCAUUUACACCAUUAAUUAUGGCAGGACCUGCUUCUCACCACACCGAUGUUACGGAGAAGGUUCCAUGGGAGGGAAUCAUUUGGAGAUGAUAAAUAUCCAAUCAACAACCGUCGAGCAUUGCAUGGUCUUACAAAAAGAAUGGCAUGGCCUUCGCAGUUCCGUCGAAGAUGUGCUUUUGACGCAACCCGGUUUUGAGCUAUUGUCGGAAGGUCGCAAGGGCGCGUACAAAACCGAAAUCUUCCACGGGCACUGUACCGGUCAUGGUGAAGAUUCCAAAAUGGCGUUGACAGUGGAAAAUGUACCUCGCGUCAAGGAAUUCUUGUGGGAUGGUUGAUCAUGAUACCGGUAGAAUGAAAGUGGAAUGACGACAACCAGUCAGCACUGAGAUGACAAAUUGGAAACCUUUGGCUGGUGGUUUCCUCUAGCAACGUUUUGUAUCAAAACGUGGCUCUUCUUGAUUCUAGCUAGAGAAGCAAGCGAUGAUGGACAGCCAAGCAGGUCUGCUAGGAAUGAAGCAAAAGAAAAACAAAAAAAACUUGACGAGAGCAACAGUAGCCGUGUGUCAAUCAACCCGACAACCGAUUGCAGCAGCAUGACAGGCGACAGCCCAAUCGUACCGGUACUGGUACGGCUUGGUCGGAUUGACUGCUUGGGGACGAAGCAAUCUGCUACAGCUGUAGAUUGGUUUGUACCCAUUACAAACGUUUUCUAAUUUUUAGUAGUAGACUCUUGUUUGCUCUUU